GGGCUCCAAACCGAAACAGGAAGUGGGCUAGGAUCCCUCGAAACCGGCGACAACGGUCACCUUCCGCGCGCCCGAGCGACCCGCGACCCGCGACUCGCGUGUACCUAGCCCCUGUCCCGCGUGUAACCUGCCCCUCCCCCUCCUCCCUCCCCGAGAACUCGAGCGAUCAUGUCGAACAUGGAGAAACACUUGUUUAACUUGAAGUUUGCUGCAAAAGAACUUAAUAGGAAUGCCAAGAAGUGUGAUAAAGAAGAAAAAGCUGAAAAGGCCAAGAUAAAAAAGGCCAUUCAGAAGGGCAAUACGGAAGUUGCAAGAAUACAUGCUGAAAAUGCAAUUCGUCAGAAAAACCAAGCAAUCAAUUUCUUGAGAAUGAGUGCUAGGGUUGAUGCUGUGGCAGCCAGAGUUCAAACUGCAGUAACAAUGGGCAAGGUGACAAAAUCCAUGGCAGGUGUAGUUAAAUCUAUGGAUGCUACAUUGAGGAGUAUGAACCUCGAGAAGAUAUCUGCAUUAAUGGACAAAUUUGAACAUCAGUUUGAAACAUUGGAUGUUCAGACACAACAAAUGGAAGAUACAAUGAGUAGCACUACUACCCUCACGACACCACAGAACCAAGUGGAUAUGCUGCUUCAGGAAAUGGCAGAUGAAGCUGGCCUUGAUCUCAAUAUGGAGCUACCCCAGGGUCAGACAGGCUCUGUUGGCGCAAGUGUUGCUUCUACAGAGCAGGAUGAACUGUCACAGAGGCUUGCUCGUCUUCGUGAUCAAGUGUAACUUAAAUAACUGGUGCUUCUGUUUCCUCCACAUAUUUCUAAAACAUUAUUUGUGUGUGUAUAUGUAGAUAAGUUGUAUCUAGUUACAAAAACAUACAUGACAGAAUGUUUGGACAUCAUUUAUAUAUGAUGCUUUCUUUUGCCUUGUUUAUUUCACAGUGCAUUGAGAAAUUCCAAGGAAUUUCUACAUUGGCAGAUUUUAUAGUUCUAUAUAUUAUGUGUAAAAGUGUGAGGAACAUAUUUUUGUAGAUGUCUUUGGCAAAGCUAGCAUUAGUUUUCUGUAUAUUAUACAUCUUCCUCAAAUAUUAGAGCAAGCAUCUAGCACCAAAGUACUGCUAAGGCUAAGUAAUUUUGUUAGAAUAAUGUAUAGAAUAAAGGCUUUGUUUUUACUUAUUGAAAGUAGCUUUCAGUUAUUGUCUCUGAUGAAAUUUGAUUUUGUAAAAAAUCAAAACAGGGAAAGCAUGUUCAUUUAAUAUGUUUACAUAACCCAGACCAUCUUAUUUUAAGUAUCACAAAAUAGACUGUAUCAAUUUCUAUGGGAUUUUUGAAAGUUAUUUUUAUUUUAUAUGUAUGGUUGUUUUGCCUGCAUGUUUAACUGUGUACUUACUUCUGUGUCUGGUACACACAGAGGCCAGAAGAAGACAUUGGAUUUCCCAAGAACUAGAGUUACAGACAGUUGUGAGUCAACAUGUGGAUGCUGAGAUUCAAACACCUCUCUUCUACCAGCCAGUGCUCGUAAUGCCUGAGCCAUGUGUCUAGCCUCUGUUUUGUUUUGUUGUUGUUUUCCUUGUUUAUUUUAGAGACAGGGCAGAUAUAUAUAGCCCAGAGUAGCCUGAAACUUCGUGAGCUUCCAGCCUUGGUCUCUAGGUAUAUGCCACCACAUCCAGCUUGUUUUCAUUUAAUGAUGACUAUUCAUUAAUUUUUAAGACCUUUUAAUGGACAAUUUAUUAUAUAGCUUGGAAAUUCUGUAGCAUUAAUCCAAAGUUUGUACUGGGAUACCCUAGAUAUCCAUUUGAUGGACUAAAAUAUAUAUGACAUAAAGAAUGUGUUCUCUGUUGGUAUGAGUUAUAUUGUUUCUGUUCUUUUAACUUGAAUAAAAAUUGAUAGAUCUGUUACUACCCCUUAGCUCCACAACUAACUGUUCAUUCUUUCAUGUUGCAAGCAUGUCAGACUUACCUUUUAAAAAUAUUAAUAUUGGGGCUGUAGAGUUAAGAGCUCAUACUACUGUUACAAGAGGACCUGCCUUUGUGUCUCAGCAGCACAUGAGUCACCUCACACCAUCCAGUAAAUCUGUUUCCUGGAGCUUCAGUGACCUUUCCUGGUCCCUUUCCCCAAAGGCUGGAAACAGGUCUGCAGAACAGGUCCUUGCUCAGCAGGUGACUGGUGCCUCUCGGGGAAACUGCUGGUUUUGAAGAACAAUGGACUUCACCUUGCUCUGAGUGCUCUACCCUAGGUGGGGGAGACUUGUGGCUAGCACUGAGUUCUGGAAAUUCCCAGCUCAGAAGGCUGAUGGGGAGGGCACAGAUUGCUCACAAAUGCCCUGUGGAGAAGGAAUGAGAGAUGGAAAAGGUAACUCUUUGAAGAGAUGUGGAUUUUAGAAAAUUCUUAGAAAGGAGCAUUUAUAGUAUUGGGAGAAAGCAAAACAAAAUGAUAGACUGACAGAAGUAAGCUUGCCAGCUUCCUAUGGAUUAAUAAUGUUUGUGCUAAUGAUUUCGAUACUGAAAAAGUCCCAUUUAAAAAUUGUAAUAGGACCUAGAAAGAUGGCUCAGAGUUAAGGGUACUGGCAGCUCUUGCAGAGGUCUUGCUUUCAGUUACCAACACACACAUGGUGGCUCACAACUGUCUGUAACCCUAGUCCCAGGGCAUCCAACCCCCCUUUUUAGUGUCUAUGGGUUUCUGUGCACAUAUGGUGCGUGAGCAUGUACACUCAGACACGUAUGAAUAAAUAUUUUUGAAGUUAUAUUAACUCAUACUAUUUUUUCAUGGAAAGCUUUUAUAGUCUAAUUUUUUUCACAAUCAUAAUCAUUAUUUGGUUACUCAAAAUUCAUUUCUCUAAUACUAAUUGAGAGUAUGCUUGCUAUAUGCUAUGACAGUUUGUUUUCUGAGACUGGAGAGAGACAGGGCAAGAUAUUCUCAUUUAACUGCAAUUGAAGAUACUAAGUGAUCUAUACAAGAUCAGGCCCAACUCAGCUGUGGAGCUGAAAUCCGGGAUUUUCACUGCUUUCUCUGUUGCAUAGGAUAAUGGCAUUUGUUGUUCACAUGCCACCUACAAACCAAAUUAUCUUACCUGCUUCCAAAAGUGGAGAGCAUAUGAGGAAUGGUCAACUCCCCACAUUGUCAUGGGCAUUCAAAACAAAGUUAUUUACCAUCUACUGUUGUGGGAAAUACUAUUUGGGGCUUUCUACCCCACCUUAGAGCAUUUAGUUCCCAAAUAAAAGAUUGAAAACCUUUAUAAUAAGUUUAUAGCACUAGAGCUCGGCAGAUAUCAACCCUCUGUGCUAUGUUGUCUACUUCCCUGUCAAUAAUCCUGAGAUAUCACUUGCCAAGUUCUGCCUGGACCACUUCUACUCCAGGCUGGCUAUGCAUCCGUGAUCUACCCCUUGGUGCCUUCUUUCUCCUCUCUGAGUGAACUGAAGCCCCGCCUACCAUUCUUUUGCCCACCUACUGGCAAUAGUUUUAAGGAGCAAGGUCUGCAGAAAAAAAAGCUGAUAUAUGAGAAUUCGCUUGAGGCAAAUAGACCCUAGGAUACAGAAUUUAGCAUUACAAUAUGACCAAACCUCAACGAUUUGCUAUAUUUCUGAUUUCCCACUAUUUAGUAUUCCUUCCUUAGAGGUACUUUUCAUGAAAAUUCCUUGAAAUGUGUACAUUAUUAAUAGUAUCACCAAAUCCUUCAGCAUGACCUUAUCUAGAUUCAGUAACUCAAAUGCCUCGUUCUAGCAAAAUAUCUGAAAUAUAACAAGCUCAAGUAAAUUUUGACCGGAGUAGAGAUUAACAUGAAUAAAGUCAACCUCCCAGAAAUAGGGUUGGGUGGAACUGGGAGUCUAAGGCUGGGUACUGUGAAAGGAGUGCUUAGCUUGGACUUUGCAAAAACAUGAAAAGAAUCUGCUGCAGGUAAAUUUUUUGGUCACUAUGAUACAUAAGAGGCUGUCUUAGGCCUCAUAGAUGUGAUUACUUCCACAUCUCAUAGAUGUGAUUACUUCAACAUCUGUCAGUGUUAGGCAGUUCCCCUCCCCUUAGUUUAUUUGUUAUAUCAUCAUCACUCACACUAGAAAACAUCUUAAUGCCUAUGUUUUUAUUGUGAGAGAAUUAGAUCUCAGCUAUCUUAAUAUGUUUGACAAGCCUUAGUGUUCAUUUACACCUGAAUUUGACAUGUCAGUAGCAUCUUUGCCAAACUGGAGAGACUGUAAAUGAUGGAUAUGUCAGUGCUCAAUAAACAGUUCUACAAUGA